AUGCAUUCCAUUCCUCCCAGCUUGAAGACCCCUUCCAUUACAGGCAUAGUAACUGAUUCCUACCCUAUUUUGCAUGAAAUUUUUCAGCUGGGAGACUUUGUCAUUGGAGAGAUUGUUUCUCUGUUCUUACUUUUCCGCUUCAGUACUAACUUCAUCAAACAACCAUCUUCACAGUUGAUCAAGGAAGUCAUUGCGGUGCCAAAGAACUAUCAGGAUAUCCUAGCCUUCGUAUUUGCUUUACAGGAGAUUAGAAAAAACCCCACAAUCUUACCUAAUGUGACUUUGGGAUUCCAUAUCUAUGAUGCCUACCACAGUAAUCGGAUGACUUACAAGUCCUCACUAGAUCUCCUUUCUUCACAGCAUAUAUCUGCCCCCAACUACAGGUGUGAUCUCCAGAACAAUUUGAUGGCCGUCAUUGGGGGAAUGUACUCUGAGAUUUCCCUCAGCUUGGCCACCAUUAUAAAUACCUACAAGGUUCCACAGUUCACCUAUGGCUCCCUUGACUCAAGUAUGAAGGAGAAAACUCUGUUCCCUUUCCUGUACCGAAUGGUUCCAGAUGACAUCCAUGAGUACACUGGGAUACUCCAUCCCUUUCUAAGGCAAAUCACAUUCAACAACAGUGCUGGAGAGACAAUACGUUUUGAUGAAAAUCAAGAAUUAAUUGCAGCAUUCGAUGUUACAAACUGGGUAACUUUCCCAAAUCAGUCUUUUGAUAGAAUUAAAAUUGGAAGUCUGAAUCCUUGGGCUCCUAAAGGAAAAGAGUUAACUAUUCAGGAUGAAAGCAUAGUUUGGCAUGGAAAGUUUAACCAGUCUUUAUCAGUUGUGCCCAUUUCUGUGUGCAAUGACAACUGCUAUCCUGGUUACAGCAAGAAAAAGAAGGACGGGGAGCCAUUUUGCUGUUAUGAUUGUAUUCCAUGUCCAGAAGGGAAGAUUUCCAACAAAAAGGAUAUGGACUUCUGCAUUGAAUGUGCCAAAGACCAUUACUCAAACUUGGACCAGAACAAAUGUAUUCCCAAGGUUAUGAGCUAUCUCUCAUAUCAAGAACCUUUGGGCAUCACUUUAGCUUUGUCUGCUAUUGCUUUGACUUUGAUCACAGCUUUGGUACUUGGAAUGAUGAUGAAGAACCAGGACACUCCGAUUGUCAAAGCAAACAACAAAAGCAUCACUUACAUUCUUCUCAUCUCUCUCCUACUUUGCUUCCUCUGCUCCUUACUUUUUAUUGGAGAGCCUGAAAGGGUCAUCUGCCUUCUGAGGCAAACUGCUUUUUGCAUUAUCUUCUCUGUGUCCCUAUCCAGUGUGUUGGCAAAAACCAUCAUUGUAGCUCUGGCAUUUAUGGCUACCCAACCAGGAUCCAGAAUGAAAAAAUGGUUGGGGAAAAGACUGGCAAACUCUAUCAUCCUUUCCUGCUCCUUUAUUCAAGCAGGAAUUUGCACUCUUUGGCUCAGUAUUUCUCCACCAUACCUAGAUACAGACAUGGACUCUCUAAGUGGAAAAAUUAUAGUGGAAUGUAAUGAGGGCUCAGUUUUUAUGUUUUAUUGUGCAUUAGGCUAUAUGGGUUUCCUGGCCAUUAUCAGCUUCACUGUGGCAUUUCUUGCCAGGAAAUUACCUGACAGUUUCAAUGAAGCCAAAUUUAUUACCUUCAGUAUGUUGGUCUAUUGCAGUGUUUGGCUUUCCUUUGUCCCAACCUAUCUGAGCACCAAAGGAAAAUAUUUGGUGGCUGUGGAGAUCUUCUCUAUCUUGACCUCCAGCGCAGGCUUACUAAUUUGCAUCUUUCCCCCUAAAUGCUACAUCAUUGUGUUCAGGCCUGACUUGAACAAGAGAGACCAGUUAAUAAGGGUGGGAAACAAAACAAUAUGA